GGGGUUUGUUCACCUGGAGCUGCCGUUUCGAUCUUUGAUCUUUGGCAACACAAGGAGCAAUCAGGGAGAAAACCGGAAGCCGGUCCUUUGCCCAAAAGCAUUGUCAUACAGCGUUCAGUUCCAAGUACCAGAGAGAUAUCGACGGCGUUGAUUGCCUAUUCUGGCUCACCAUAUGUCUCCGAUAACAUCAGGAUGGCACUUUCAGCUGUAAGACAGGGAUCAUAGCAAUGAUGUCCUUGAUGAAUGGUUGACGCAAAGCGGGUCUAUGCUCAAGCUCCCCUCCUACCCAGUAGCCCAAGUACUUGGGCAUAUCCUUUGAUAGAGAUAGUCAACCCUCAAUUCCACCCCUCAUCCUAUCUUUCAAGGAACUUGCUCGUGUCGUUAUUUAAAAAAGAACUUGAAGGAGGUGCCAACUCAACAAGAUGACGUUCAAAAACCACAGCCGCCAAUACGACCUCGUCGUCUUUGGAGCCACAGGCUACACCGGCAAACUCACCGCAAAGUACAUCACCACUCACCUCCCCAGCACCCUUAAAUGGGCCAUCGCCGGCCGCUCCCAAGCCAAACUUGAGCUCCUCACCGAAGAGCUCAAAAAGCUCAACCCAGACCGCGCACCCCCUUCCAUCGAAACCUGUUCCCUCAAUGACACCGACCUCUCCUCCCUCGCCAAGAAGACCUUCAUUCUCAUCACCACCGUCGGUCCCUACUCCGCCCACGGCGAGCACGCCUUCAAAGCCUGCGCCCAAAAUGGCACCCACUACCUCGACGUCACCGGCGAAGUCCCCUACGUCGCCGCCAUGAUCAAGAAAUACGAAGACACGGCCAAAUCCACCGGGGCCAUCAUGAUCCCUCAAAUCGGCAUCGAGUCCGCCCCUCCUGAUCUCCUCACCUUCGCCCUGGCAAACACCCUGAAAGAGGAGCUCAACGCCAAAACCGCCGAUGUGACUGUGUCCAUCCACAGCCUCAAAUCUGCCCCUUCAGGCGGGACUUUAGCCACGGCUCUCACAAUCUCAGAUCACUUUCCCCUCCCUACAUUAAUAGCUUCUUACAAACCAUACGCCCUGUCUCCAGUCCCCAACCCAACCCGCACCCCUCAACCAGGCCUCCUGACCCGCGUCACCGGCCUCAUCACCAUUCCCCAUUUAGGCCUCCUCACCUCCAGCAUAGCCAACGGAACCGACACCGCCCUUAUCCACCGCACCUGGGGCCUGCUGUCCACCCUCCCCUCUCGCCAAUCUCAAUCAUACGGCCCUAAGUUCAGCUUCCGCGAAUACAUGAAACCACGGAAUUGGCUCACCGGCAUAGCUAUCCACUUUGGCCUCAUGCUCUUUGGUCUUAUCAUUGUCACCGGACCCCUGAGGAGGUUCCUUGCGGGUAGGGUGACCCAGCCAGGGGAGGGUCCGGAAGAGGAUGUGGCGAGCAAGGACGAGAUUGAGUAUAGGGGUGUUGCCACGCCGGAUGGGGAUUUCGGGAAGAAGAAGGCGGUGGGGAAGGCGUGGUUUAGGGGGAGUACGUAUUAUUUAACAGGGAUGUUCUUGGCGGAGGCGGCGAGGACGAUUUUGGAGGAGGGAGGGGAGGGGUUGGGGUUGGAGGGCGGGGUUUACACGCCUGCGUUGUUGGGGGGGGGUUUUGUCGAGAAUUUGCAGAAGGAAGGGUUUAGAGUUGAGACAAGGGUUUUGGAGGAUUAA